AAUGUUUUCUAAAUGAUAAUGACGAGUUAUUCAAAUUUAAAAUUUUAAUGAAUUUUGUUCUGUUUCCUUGUCGUUAUUCCCCUUGCGUCCCAUUCUCAAACCACUGACGUUUUAAUCGUUAAUUAUUUGAUAUUUUAUCAGUGCUGAUAAUUAUCAUAUUGCCUAUAAUAGAAUGCUUGUGUGAGGUAUGAUUCAUCAUCGAUUCCUAUCUAAUGAACAAACAAACACAAAUUAUUGCCUAAACGUUCAUCUAUAAUCUUCCGUCAACUGUACGAUGAAUUAUUUGACUUGAUAUACUCUACAAAAAUAUGAUGGACGAUGACGAUCAAGUUAUUUUCUAUCCGAACCAGGGUGUUGAUCCACAUAAUCGAUGCUGCGGAGGUUCUAUGUGGUGCAUUCAGGAUAUAUGUGGCAUUAUAUGUGCAAUAUUUACAUGGCUAUUGAUAUUGUAUGCAGAGUUUGUCGUUACUUUUGUUACCCUUCUGCCAUGUCCAUAUCCAAUUUUUCAAUUUGUUAAUAUGGUGAUAUUUCAAAUGUUUGCUUUUCUUGCAAUGGCUUCUCAUCUACGAACUAUGUUUACAGAUCCAGGUGCAGUACCAAAAGGAAAUGCCACAAAAGAAAUGAUACAAAAUUUAGGUUUACGUGAGGGCCAAGUAAUAUACAAAUGUCCUAAAUGCUGUUGUAUUAAACCUUCAAGAGCACAUCACUGUUCUGUAUGCCAAAGAUGUAUUAGAAAAAUGGAUCAUCAUUGUCCGUGGGUCAACAAUUGUGUUGGAGAGAAAAACCAAAAAUUUUUUGUUUUAUUUACGCUUUAUAUUGCUGCUAUGUCAAUACAUGCGUUAUAUUUGUGUAUAAGCCAAUUUGUAUGGUGUUUACAUUCCGAAUGGAAGCAAUGUUCUUGGUAUACACCUCCUGCAACAGUCGUUUUUUUAAUAUUUUUAGGAUUUGAAGCAUUGUUAUUUGCAAUUUUUACAAUGGUUAUGUUUGCUACACAAUUACAAGCCAUUUGUUCUGAUGAAACGGGGAUUGAACAAUUGAAAAAAGAAGAAGCUCGAUGGAUGAAAAAAUCCAAAUGGAAGAGUUUACAAGCAGUAUUUGGUAGAGUAUCAAUAACUUGGCUUUCACCUUUUUCACAACCAGCUCCAAAGAUCAAAGUAGAUAAUUAUCUACAGGUCUAGUGAUAUGAACAGUAUUUUCAUAUUUUUUAAAAAUCUAUUGUACCUAAUAUUAAUUAAUAUUUCUAAAUUAUAAUUGUUACUUUAA